UUGUUAGUGAUCAUUUUAGAUGAGACACAUCCUCGUUUUACCAAGUUUUAUGGCAUUGAGUUCUCUGACAAAAUAAAUUUUAUAGCGACGUUUGGCCUUGAUGCUGAUGUCGUCGAGGUGCAGAAAGUGGCACGCGAUUUUGCCCGCCGGGAGAUGUAUCCUAACAUGGCCAUUUGGGAUCAAGAGGAGAUAUUUCCUCGGGAAAUGCUACGGAAUGCUGGUGAGCUAGGAUUCGGUGCCAUCUAUUGUUCUGAGGAGUUUGGCGGUGCUGGGCUCAGUCGGUUACAUGCUUCAGUNAUCUACGAGCAACUAUCGGCCGGCUGCGUUUCAACGGCUGCAUAUAUGACUUUACACACUCCCUGUUCGAAUGUAGUUUGUUUCUUAAGGUGUGCUUGGAUGAUCGAUACCUAUGGAUCCAAUGAGUUACGUGAAAAGUAUAUUCCUUCCAUGGCAACAUUCGAAACGCUAUCGUCAUAUUGUUUAACAGAACCUGAUUCCGGUUCCGAUGCUGCAAGUUUACGAACGACAGCACGUCUUCAAGGCGAUUAUUAUGUCGUUAAUGGUUCGAAAGCAUUUAUUAGUGGAAGUGGAGCUUCGAAUAUAUAUGUGGUGAUGGUGAGACAUGAAUGUCAACCAGGGGCAAAGGGCAUCUUGUGUUUGUUGAUCGAAAACGGUAUGGAAGGUUUCAAACUGGGGAAAAAGGAGCGUAAACUUGGGUGGAAUACACAACCCACACGCAUUCUUACCUUUGAGGAUGUUAAGGUUCCAAUAUCUAAUCAAAUUGGACCGAAUAAUUACGGCUUUAACAUAGCUAUGGCUGGCCUAAACGGUGGAAGAGUGAACGUAGCAAGUUGCUCAUUGGGAGCAGCUCAGCAAAGUUUUGAUCUUGCGAUCGACUAUUUAAAGGUUAGGAAACAGUUCGGUAGACAUCUAUCCGAAUUUCAGUGGAAUCAGUUUAAAUUAGCCGAGAUGGCUACGAAAGUGCAUAGCAGCAGGCUAAUGGUGCGUGAUGCAGCUCGUCAUCUGGAUAUGGAUAGUAUCCAUAAAGCAUCCAUGUGCGCAAUGGCUAAAUUACAUGCUACGGACAAUUGUAUAGACGUGAUCAACCAAGCGCUACAGAUGUUUGGAGGAUAUGGUUAUCUGAAAGAUUACCCGCUGCAACAAUACCUACGAGAUUGUCGGGUUCACCAGAUUCUGGAGGGUACCAACGAAAUGAUGCGUUUGAUUAUAAGCCAAAAUGCAUUGGAUUGGGCCAGUGCCUUUCGUUGGGAUAGCUAA